UAAUAAAGCACCCAAUUCCCAUAUCAUCUUUCUGGCAUAAUUUGCCCAGUAUAACAUUCAGGAAAUACGUCUUCCAGCGACAAAUCAAUACAUGGCCCCAAUAUUGUAAGCCGUCUAAUUGCGAUAAAAACAACAUAAAUUGUAAAUGUCAUAAACAAGGCAGCACGCAGAAUAGAACAAGAAUACACAUGUUUAGGUCAAAAGAGUCAAAACUAUUACCCGCAACUAAAUGUAUUAUACAAAAACUAGAGACAUACGACAAAUAUUCAUUACUCUUAUGUGGGGAUAUAGAAUCAAACCCAGGUCCUGUUAUAAAUACUUCAAUGUCAGUUCUAACAGCUAGACUAGCUAGAAUAGGACUACAGCCAGUAAACAUUGCAGGUGAUGGUAAUUGUUUCUUUCGUAGUGUAAGUUAUCAACUUUAUCAAACUGAAGAUUGUCAUGCACAAAUUAGAGCUCUCGCAAUCCAACAUUUAAUAAACUGCCCAGAACAUUUCAUAGAAAGUAAUACACAGCAAUCGUGGGUACAAUAUCUACAGGAUAUGUCAAUGCUAGGAACAUGGGCAGACCAUAUUAUUAUACAAGCAGUUGCGAAUGCGAAUAGUUUGAGAAUUCAUAUAACUGAAAGUGCGCCAAAUUUUUGUGAAUCAACCGUUGUAAGCUCUGUUUAUGUUGAGUCUGGCGAAAACGUAAGAGAUAUUUAUAUCGGACAUCUUGAUGAACUACACUAUGUGUCAACAACACCCACUGCACAAUCUGUUUCUCGCCAAGUGGAAAAUGAGAAAGCAAAUAAGCUGCAGCCAAAACCAAACUCGCAAAAUUUACAAACUAAAAGUAGAAAAAGCUAUAUGAGAGAAUAUAUGAUGAAAAGAAGAAAGGAUGAAAAUUUUAAAAAAAAGGAAAAUGAAAGAAAGAAAACAUAUAAUAAAAAUUACAGAAAAGCAAAUCCAGAAAAAGUUAAAGAAUUGCUUAAAAAGGCCGCUGUGACAUACAGACAAUCAAAUCCUGACAAGGAAAAACAAACAAAAAUCAAAUAUAGAGAAUCAAAUCCUGAAAAGACUAAAGAUUCCUUUAAGAAGGCCACUGCAACAUACACACAAUCAAAUCCUGACAAGGUAAAACAAACAAAAAUCACAUAUAGAAAAUCAAAUCCUAAAAAAAUUAAAGAUUCUUCUAAAAAGUCCACUGUAACAUACAGACAAUCAAACAUUGAGAAAAGUAGAGAAUCGUCAAAAAUGUCAAGUAGAAUUUAUAACCAAAAUUAUCCAGAAAGACUUAAAAAUAUUCAAAAAAGGAACUAUAUUAAAAGAAAAUUUGCACAGAAUGAGAAUGAAGCCGAAAUGAAUGAACAGAAGAGACUGAAACUUAACUUAAAUUCCCAAAUUACAUGUGAAACCUCAUCACAAAGUGAAAAUAACUCUACUGAGGCGAGAUCACCAAUGACGAUAGCACAAGCGACUGAAACAUUUCAUAAGAACAUUAGUGUUGGACCAGAACAUAUUUGUACAUGUUGUGAUCAAUUAUGGUACAGAUCAUCUGUCACUGAAUGCAAUCCUUCUUUAUACAAGUCAUGUUCAAACGAAAUUCUCAAUUUAUGUCUUACUGGCGUCAAAAGCAUUGAUAAUACUGAAUGGAUAUGUGGUACUUGCCACUCAAACCUUAAAGAUGGUAAACUUCCAAGUUGUGCGAAGGCAAAUAAAAUGACUUUCCCAGAAAAGCCUGAUGUCUUAAAUGAUUUGACUUCGCUUGAAGAAAGGCUAAUUUCACCGAGAAUACCUUUCAUGCAAGUACGUGAACUGCCUAGUGGAGGACAACUAAGUAUCCAUGGAAAUGUAGUUAAUGUACCUGCUGAUGUUAACACAACCGUUAGUGUUUUACCAAGACCAAUUAACGAGUCACGAACUAUUCCAAUCAAAUUGAAACGACGACUAGGAUACAAACACCAUUAUCAAUUUCAGAAUGUCAGACCUUCGAAAGUUUUAGAAGCAGCGCGAUACUUGGUUUGUAACAGUGAAAUAUUCAAAAAUGAAGGAAUUGAAGUAAUGGAUAAUUAUGAAACAAAUCCACUCAACAAUGUCAAUGAAGAAGCGUGGUCAGAAUUUAUUGCCAACAACACCGAGGAAACAUCAGACAUUGUAUCAAACGAAGUAAAUAUUCAAAGUCAAGAAAAUGUAGCAACAAUGCAAGCAAGUAAUGACCCGAUUGACAACGACACAGAUGAUGAGUGGUGCGAACCAACUGAACGAGCAUCAGGUGUUAUGGAUACACUAUUACAAGAACCAGACAUUACUCAAGAUGGUGAUAAAAUAAUAAGUUUUGCACCAGGAGAAGGAAAUAGACCACUUGGUAUUUUUAUCGAUAAAGAUUCUGAAUUCCUGUCUUUCCCUACCAUUUACUGUGGCAAACGUCAAGCUGAUAACAGUGAAAGACUUGUACCUGUUCACUAUAGUACAAUUUGUAAAUGGGAAUUACGAAGUCAAGAUCGAAAAGUUGCUCAGUCUGUGCCAAAUAUUUUUUUACAAAUUAAAAAAAUUACAGAUUAG